AUGGAUACUUUGGACAAGACUGUACCUUCCAUUGUGAAACCAAUUGCAAAAUUUGCGAACGGAGUGACGGCAAUUGCACAGAAUGCGUGGAUGGGUUAUAUGGAAGUAAUUGUAGCAUACCAUGUGGACAAUGUGACAAAUGCAGAAAAGACACAGGACAUUGUCUCUCAGUUUGCAACAUUGGAUACGAAGGGGUUGUGUGCCAGACAAUUUCCUUCACAUAUUGUUUUACUGAAAGGAACAAUGGUACUUGAACCAUCUGGCGUUAAUGCAGGAACAGUUGUAGCCAUCGUUGUCAGCCUAUUAGUCGUAACAGCUUUAGUAGUCGUCAUCCUGUAUUUCAUCAGACGACGCAGACAAAAAGCAUCAGAGGGUGAAAAGCAUGAUGAUAUGGGCCUACAAAGGAUGGACAAAGAUAAAUUGAAUCGCAACAAUGACAUUGGUAAUGUCGAUGAAAUUGUGUAUACUAUUGCUGAAGACGACUCCGAUGUAGAACACGCUGUCCAAACUCAGACAGAACACGGAAGUGUCAUUUACGCCAACACUGGUGAUCAGGUUGACGAUACCACUGAAAUAACUUACCAUACUGUUGGUAUAGCCGUUGCCAAUCUUAAAGCCGUUGUAAAAACCAAGAUGGAUAACAAGGCCAAAGCACUUGAAGAUGAAUACAUGGCGUUACCAUCGGGGAAUCUCCACGCUCAUAACGUUGGGAAGAAAACUGAAAAUAAAGGAAAGAACAGAUACAAGACUACAUUUCCAUAUGAUCACUCUCGAGUGGUUCUUGAAAAAGUGGACGACGAUGAACAUUCUGACUACAUUAAUGCAAACUACAUUCAUAGUGUCAUUUCACCAGCACAGUAUAUUGCAACUCAAGGUCCACUCGAGAAGACUGUAGACGAUUUUUGGCGGAUGAUCUGGCAACAAGAAUCUAGCAAAAUUGUUAUGUUGACAAAUCUUAUCGAAGGGUCGAAGAAGAAAUGUGCGAAAUACUGGCCUGAUGAGGGAGAACCAUUGACGACCAAACAUUUCAGUGUUGUACUAGACCGAGAAAGAGUCUAUGCGUUCUAUGCGAUCAGGGACAUCAACGUAACAGAAAAAAAGACAUAUUCAGUGCGACAAGUUCAGCACUUCCAUUUUACCACAUGGCCUGACCAUGGAAUUCCAGAUUCAAACGAACUAGUCGUUUUUCAUCGGCGUGUGAUGCAACAGAACACAGGGAAAGGGAAGAUGGUAGUUCACUGCAGUGCUGGUAUUGGAAGAACUGGAACGUUCAUCGCUCUUGAUGCUUUGUUAAAUUACGGAAGAGAAUUCGGAACUAUUGACGUCAUGGAGUACAUUGUAACAAUGAGGAAGGACAGGAUCAACAUGGUUCAAACAAGUAGCCAGUAUAUUGCCCUUCAUCACAUCCUGACCGAAGCCUUUGACAUGCCGGAUACACUCAUAUCUCGGUUGAAGUACCAUACAGCAUUGGACAGUAUGCGAAGUGAUACAGCAGAGAACCAAACAAAGAUAAGGAGGGAGUACCAGUUAACACAAGUUAUGAAGCCAACCUACGAUGCACGUGACUACCAGACAGCCAUGUUACCUGUAAACAGGCAGAAGAACAGAAACUCGGAUGUCCUAGCAGUUGAUAGAUUUAGAGCCUACCUGACUACAUCGACCAGAAAUAGAACAGAUUACAUCAACGCAGUGAGAGUCCCUUCGUACCUGUCCAGAACUGGCUUUAUAGUUACCCAGACCCCAUUAGAAGACACAGUAGUCGAUCUAUUGACUAUGUUAAUUGAUUACCAAUGCGAUACCCUCGUCAUUAUUGAAAAAGACCGCGUGGACUGGUUGCCAGAGGAAGAUGGCGACAAGACUAUAGGAGCCUUUACACUAAAGCGUAAAGGAGGAUCACCAAGGCAAUCAAAUACAGAGUUUAUAGAUGUUUCUAUCUCAAAUCAGGACACUUCUUAUAAUGCUGAAAUUCGUGUGUUCCACGUGUCUGAUUGGAAUAGAGAAUUAUCAGUGCCGCCGCAUUCCCGAAGUAUUCUUCUGCUUCUAGAGCUUCUUGACAGGAGAAGACAGGGAAAUGCCCUGAAAACAACCGUAGUCAUGUGCAGAGACGGCUGUACCCAGUGUGGACUGUUCUGCUGUAUCAGUAAUGCCCGUGAACAGAUGAAUAUUGACGAUGAGGUUGACAUAUUUCAAGUUUCUAGACAAUUGCUGAUAAGACGCCCAGAAUUCAUCAUCAGCUUUGACCAGUAUCAGUCUUGUUACAAUAUGAUAAAAGAUUACCUAGACACCAUAGAAAUCUAUAUAAACUGA